CAGCUUUGAAGUAGAAAGAGCAGGUAGGGUUCUCUCUCCUGCCCCCUGCCCAUUUAUUUAUUUAUUUAUUUAUUAUUAUUAUUAUUAUUAUUAUUAUUAUUAUUAUUAAAUGAGCAGCCUUUAAGAACUGCCUGACAAGUGGACAUUCAACAGGUGCAGCUUCUCUCAGCAGGGAGGUGCACUGGGGCAAGGGGAAUUGAAUCUUCACAAAGAGGUGGCAGCUUUAAGGGAGGAUCCUGGUGAGGUCGAGUGAGGUGGGUGCCUCAGGCGGCAGAUUCCAGGAAGGGGAAAGAUGUGGGUGUUGUGUGGCCUGCCCAGCACCCUCUAAGCUAGCCUGCCACCUGUAGGUUUGGUUCAACAUGGUCAUUGUUGGAGUAAUAUUUAAACACUGGGUUGGUCACUUUCUGCUAAAUCUGUCGAUUUCAGUUUUUCUCAUUCUCUUAUUUUUUCUUGACAUUUCUGCAAUAGGUUUUGGUUUCUUAAAAAGUUUGCAUGAAAAUUCACUAGCAUUUUAGUGCAAAUUUUCUCCUAAUAUAUGUAUUUCAGUAUACAGUUUUGCCCAAUAUGCUCAUUUUUGAAAUGUAUUUCCCCAAAUAUAAUGGAUUUCUGUAUAUUUUCACUACUUUAUGCAAUUUAUGCAUGCUAUAUGCAUUAUUGGCUGGGGACUUGCAUAAUUGGGAGAAGUGCAAAUUUCAAUUUUGCAAAUUCAAAAAAAUUCAAUUCACAUAUUGUUUGGGAAAGUAAAAUUAGGUAGGUUCACCUUUAAAGGCAAACUGAAUUGAAUCCUGGCCCUUCUCCCAUCCCUUCCUGCUGCACAUGAAAUAGAAUUCUAUACAUGCGUCAGACCACAACAUGUCUUGGAUCCUGGACAAAUUUGAAUCCAGGAUCUUGGCGGUCUUGGGCAACGUACCAUCAGGGUGAUGGGGGGGGCACUUUGGGGCAUCAGCGACUGCUCCCGCUCCCCAGCAGAGUUAGCUAUGAUCUGUGGUGAGUGGCUGUGAGCCUCCUGCCAUUUUAAGGAUGUCGCCAAUGCAAUGCAACAUCCAAGGUAUUGUGGGUAAUCUCAAUGGCUUUCAUUUCCCACAGUGCCAUGGGACAAUCAAUGCCAUGUCAAGAGGGGGCAUUGCACAUAAAUGACAUUGUGGGCAGUUCACAAAUCUAACAGCCUGCACAGAGAGCCCAGGGCUGCCAUUAGCCAAGGGCGCUGACUUCCCUUCCCCAUUGAGGGGACCCAGCAUCGUAUGACAUCACACACAUGAGAUCAUGCACCCCUAUGCAUGUCUCGCCCCCGCCUGAUGAGCAAGCACUCACCUGGCAGCAGGGGGAGUGCGCCAAGGGUGAUCUUCACCCUCCAUGUAUCCUGCCCCCGUCCAGAGUGCGAGUGCUCACCCAGCGGUGGGCUGCAGGGGAUGGCAGCCCCCCUCAGUAAGCGGGGGGUGGGCUUAGCACCCUACCCACAAAUACUGAGGGGGCUGAAACCCCUUCUGCCCCCUACAGUUGGCACCCCUGCCAUUAGCGGUGGUCUCUGCCAGGUCUCUGCUCUCCGUAUGUGAAGGAGACAUGUAUUUUGCCUAUCCAGUGGUACCUCUGGUUAUGAGCUUAAUUCGUUCUGGAGGUCCAUUCUUAACCUACAACCGUUCUUAACCUGAGGUAACACUUUAGCUAAUGGGGCAUCCUGCUGCCACCGCACCGCCGCCGCGCGAUUUCUGUUCUCAUCCUGAGGUAAAGUUCUUAACCCGAGGUACUAUUUCUGGGUUAGCAGAGUCUGUAACGGAGCCUGUUUGUAACCUGAGGUACCACUGUAUAGUACGUGCAAAUGUGAGUUACUUGCACUAGGCCUCAUCCUGUCUUCCUGGCCAAGGAUUACCCACCCCUUAGAAAAUAUUUGUGAGGCCGUCUGAGCAGCAUGCAGAGUGCCUAGCCGCAUUUCUCCACUAGGUGAUCACGGCUUGCUCCCAAAUAUCUGAGAUUAGCAAGGAGUGGCUUAAGCAGCUGAGGAAAGGUACAGAGUUCCCCCUUUCCUAUUCAGUUCAGAAAUGGCAGCAGUGUUAAAUGUACAUGUUGUGGCAUGUGGAAUAUAAAACAUAAAAGGUUGGGGGGGGAGAGGGAGGGAGGCGUUAAGGAUGCAUCUGUGGACAGGUGAAACAGAUGUGUGGAGGGAAGAUGGGAACACAGCAAUGUAACAGCACCAUGACCGGAUGAUCUCCCGGUGUAUUUUUUUAUUAUUGUUUUUAUUAAAGGUUUCCUUGGGUUAUAGAAGUACAUACAUUGUCUCCACUUUCAGACUAUAAAGUCCUUUUUACAGAUCAGCUACAUUUAAUGUGAGGCUUCAAUGCUGUACACAGCAUGAGGUAUCUCCCAGUGUAUUUGACACUACGCAAUCCUAUGCACAUUUGCUCAGCCUAAAAGCAGAUCAAAUCAUUUAACCGAUUUAAAAAAAAAAUGAUAGUUAAUUAAUUUGUAUCCUGUAAAAGUUUUUCUUUUUUAAUGCUUCAUUAAGUACAAUAGAGUUGUGGUACUAUGGUCUCCUCUGGAAAAUGCACAGAGGAGUGAGAUGAUGUGUCUGACAGCAUUAGCAGCAAGUGUGUCUUGCAAGGAUGUGGACGUAUGUAUAGAGAACAAGGCUGCUUGAGCAGAAGUAUGCGAGGGUCCCUGUGCUUCAAACUCGGAGCCCAUUGGGCACGGUAGAAGGGAAUGUGGCCCAGACACCCAAUGAGGAGAGAAGGUGGGAGGUGGGCGGAGCAUAAGCAGGGAAUAAAAGGGGCUGCCCCCCCUCCAAGUCCUAUGGGCACCCAGAGACUCUGAGAAGGUACUGCAGACUCUUUACAGUGGCCAAGAUGAAUCUUUGCACCUCGCUUCUGCUGUUGUGCCUGGCCAGGGUCAGCCUGCAGGGAGGAGGUAAGUCUGGGAGACGGACAUGGAAAAGGGGACAAACAGAAAUAGACAACAGAAAAUUCAGUUUUCGUGCUCCUCUUAGAGGGAUAACACCAGGAAUAAACAGAGGGACUGUUUGCAAGAGGUGGGUAAGAGAGACAAGAUAGAAAUUUAUUUUUUAAAAAAUCAAAAGAGGGAGGGUGUAGCUGGGAAGGUCCAUUCAGCCUCCACCCCUGUCUUAAUCCAACGCUCUAACCACUACACCAUGCUGCCUUUCACAUUGCACCAGCAAUGUGAUGUUGGUGAGACACUUUGUUGGGGAAGAUGAAAACAAAUGUUAUAGGUGCUUUUAAAUGAGGGCUAUAAGGGCUGGCAUUCUAUACAAUGUAAAUCUGGGCACCAGAAUGCAGUGAGAGGUGGGUAAGGAGGAUGCAGGAACUGGGUAAUUUACAUUGAAGGAGAUCAUCACUCAUCUGUUGCCAGGUUUCCCCUUGACUACUGGAAGUUUGGUGUUAAAUUUAAUUAUUCCUGCACUCCCAACUGAGCACCCCAAAACGUAGGGAUAGAAAGAUUUAUGCGAAGGAGCUAGGGCAGCCUCUGCCAACCAGGUGCCCUGAAGGCUGAUGGGAGUUGUAGUCCAAAACACCUUCAGGGCAGAUGCUGGGCUUGGAGCAUAUCCUUCAUUUGCAACAGAGUCUUAAUUGAGGUAUAGGACUGUGCUGUUCAAAAGAAUGGAGAGAAUUGUUAUGCUGAAGAUUUACAGUGCAGACCCAUGAAUGUUAACUCUGAAAUCUGCCCUGCUGUUUCCAGUUAAGUGUGCACCAUAGCUGUCAACUUUUCCCUUUUCUUGCGAGGAAUCCUAUUUGGAAGAAGGGAAUUUCCCUUAAAAAAAGGGAAAGGUUGACAGCUAUGGUGUGCACCCAUAGGAUUGUAGCUUCAAUGAGGGUGGGUGGGUCACAACUGGAGCAAAAAUAAAUAAACUUUAUGUCUCUUGCAUAUCCUCUUUUGCAUCCACAAGGGUCAGGGAACAACUAUGGGGAGAGAAGCACAAAGGUACUUCUCAGCUUAAUGACCAAAAGUCAUCUGCUUCAGGUCACUUAAUGAGAACUGGCUCAUCUUCUGCAACUCCCUCUCAAUUUUUUAAUCCCCACUAGGAAGAACCCCAUCCUGCCUCUUACAAACUCUGUAACUGCUACUGAUUUUAUUUCAUUCAUUUAGGAUGCUUCCAGGCAGGGACUUAAUACUGGAAACGAGUUGUCAUAUUGGCAACAUUUUUUUAUUAUUAUUCAUUAAAUCUGUAUAUCACCCUUCAUAUGUAGAGCUCAGGGUGGUUCACAACAUAAAAAUACAAGACAAAACAUGAAAAAACCACAAACCAAUAAAAAAACCCACCCAUCCCACAGACACAUUUAAAAGGAUAUUGCUUGUUCGUUUGUUUUACUUGUUUUCUGUCAGAAAGGGUAAAUCUGUAUUGAAUUAGGGAGGUGGGAGAAAUGAGUUAGCAUUGUGAUGCAGCCGUAAGCAGCACCGAUCCCACAAUAAACAUCUGCCUGGAAGCAGCUUGAUUUUCUAUACUACCUUUCUGCUGAAUGGCAACUUCUUCAGGUUCUUAAAAUCAGUGUGUGUGUGUGUGUGUGUGUGUGUGUGUGUGUGUGUGUUAAAAAAACAGUAAUUGCAACAAAACCAAACAAAAUGCAGUAAUAUAUUAAGGCACCAGUUUGAUAUUGCUGCCACUAAUGGUGCUCCAUGCCAAAAAUCAAUUAAAGCAACAUAAUGCACCUUCAAUAAUUGUUCCCUUAAGUCUCUUGUUUCCUCUUCCUUUCCCAUACUUUUUUCCCUUUGGUAUCAUGCCACUUACAUUAGGAAGUUGUCUUAAACCAAAUUGGAUUGUUGCUCUGUCUAGCUCAGUAUUGUCAACUCUGACUGGCAGAAGCUUCCCAGGGUUUCAGAAAGGGCCCUGGAAAUAUUGGGGAGUGAAGUGGAGACCUUUUGCAUGAAAGGCAACGUGUGCUUCCACUGAACUAUGGCCUGAUUGUGAUUCUUCAGGCAGGGACUGCCUUGCUUGUUUGUCUUGGGACAGCGCUUAGGAGAUUUUACCUGCUUUGUAAACAAGUAGUUAAUAUUAGUACCCAUGAGUCAUAACCAUGGUACAGUGGUACCUCGGGUUAAGAACUUGAUUCAUUCCAGAGAUCUGUUCUUAACCUGAAACUGUUCUUAACAUGAAGCACCAUUUUAGCUAAUGGGGACUCCCACUGCUGCCGCCACGCUGCUGCUGUGCGAUUUCUGUUCUCAUCCUGAGGUAAAGUUCUUAACCCAAGGUACUAGUUAAUUCCAGAAUACGUCAAAGCUAAUGGCAAUUGUGUGAUCAUUGCAUAGGGUCCCACAAAAUGACAGCAGAACUUGUGCAUUGCAAAAGGGGUCAGGAGGCUGCAAGCCCCAUGGAAAUUGGAGAGGAGCCCCACAAACCAACUUUCCUUUCAUAACCCCAACAUCCCUCUUUGGCCCCGGGCUGUCCCAAAAGUCCCGGCUCAGGGCAACGAUUGGGAGUUUGCAUACUGUUCCUUCCAGGUCACAUCUCUACCUGGCACAAGGAUGCCACAUUCCUUCCAUGCCCCGGGCAGCCCUGCACACACAAAGACCUCCUUCUCAGGGGAGAGGGGACUGACACCCCCUUGCAAAGCCCUGAAGGCAGGCAGGCCAACUCCCUGAGCCAGGAGACAGGGUGGGACCCAGGUGGGCCAGAUGGCCAGGGUGGUGAAAUAAUCCUUUGGCACCUGGGACUCAGGCUUUGAAAGGAGCUUUGUGGAAGGGCCCAGAGCCACCUUUGCUGGGCCUGACAGGGCAGAAUGAUGGAUGCUUUCCGCCAGAUGUUGAGAGGAGAACCAAUCUCUCAGCAACAGGAACAACCAAGAGUCUUGUGGCACCCUGAAGACUUAACAGAUUUAUGGUGGCGUAAACUUUUGUGGACCAGAGCUCCUCUUCGUCUGCCGGCCAACUGAAGACAAACCUUUCAUACAUCUGGUGAAGUGGGCUCCAGUAAUCCAUGAAAACUCACUCACCAUCUAUGUUUGCUAAGGCACUACAAAAGCCUUGAUUAUUGGACGGAAAGUGUCUAUCACAGCUGUCUCUUCUAGAUGUUCUGCAAAACAUGCUGUCCACUUACAGCCCAAGGAACAAAGUGUGAACUAAGGACCCAAGAAAAACACCCUGAUGGUCAUGAACUUGGAGGGCUUUCAAGUGGGAUUAGGAGGGGGAAAAACCAUGGGAGAUAAAAGCUGUCAAUGCUAAUUAGUCAUGAGGAUGACUAUGUACUCCUUCCUGUGCUGGAAGCAGGAUGCCUCUAAAGACUGGUUGUUGAGGACCACAAACGGUUGGGUGCUGCUGGUUGUGGGCUUCACUUAGACAUCUGGUUGGCUUCUGGGGGAACAGAACACUGGAGUAGUAGUAACUGAGCUAAGUCUGAUCCAAUACAUUUUGCUGCCUGAGACAGAGCAGCAAUCAGCUCGCACAUGCGCAUGCGCGCACACACACACACUCAUAUGGUCAGGUCAAGGUGCAUAACUCAUUGACAAUCUGCCACUAUUUCACGAUACCCCAAAUCAGCUGCCUAAGGCAGUCGCCUCCCUCUGCUUAAUGGUAGAGCUGGCCUAGAUCCAGCAGGGCUCUUGCUAUGUUCUGCUAAGGCAGUCCCUUUCAAAAACCAGUCUAUUGAGUUAUAAUUAACUUUAUGCUAGAGGCUUGGUGUGUAAAACAAUAUGGGAAGUGAUAAGGCUCAGAAAUAUAAAUAAGGUAAAGGAUGUAUGUGAUAUCCAGUCUCAUUCCCUUUUUCUUGUGGAUCUUUUCCAGCAUUUAAACCGCAAUCAAAUGGCCGGGCAGGUCCUUACUUCCCAUCCCUGAUGAGGGGUAAGUAUCCUGCAUCACACCCACCCCUCAUAAGUAUAUAGUGUGCAGCUGCUAAAAUCAGUGGGAUUAUUUUUUUUGUCCUCAAAAUCCAGUUCAAUGAGUGGCUUUAAAUGUGCAUAUAUUGACCCUGAACUAGUUCCUGUGCAUACACAAAGGCUGACUGGUGCCUCUGAAAGAUCUCCUGCUCUUUGCUUUCUGUUUCAUGGGGCUUCCCUCAUUUCAUUCACCCUGCCCUGUUGGCUCUGCUGAACCACCCACAGCCAGUACAAGAGGGCAGUUCAUACUUUGUGGUCUGUAUUUCAUCCCUUAGGAGGAGGAGUUGGACUGGGACUGGGACCAGCUGGAGCCAAGGCCGGUAAGUUUUGCGGCAGAUCUUGAGGUUGGGGUAUGGGGUGGAGGGUGAAAAUCUAGACAGAAUCAAAUACUGUACCCAUCUUAGCAUUUGCUAUAGGAUUAUCAUGCAGUACUUAAGACAACAAACUGUUGCUUUUAUAUCGGCCGGGUGGUAUAAUAGAGCAAUGCAUCCAUUUAAAAUGUGGUGAGCAUCUGAUAGUUACUAUACUAGCUUUUUAGUGUUAUUAUAAAUAACUAUGUCAUUCAUAGUAACUCUAGAAAGCUUGUAGAUUUCCCACAAGGGACUUACCUGCAUUUUAAGUAUUUCAGCUCCUCAGAAACAAAUCCUCUUUGUUACAAUAUGCAAUAGUUUGUUGUUCUUUUCCAGCUGUCCACCUUCACAGCAUUGCCCAAUUCUUUAAAACUGAAGCAAAAUUUGGAAGAAAAUGUACACUGCAGGGGACUUGGUUUAAUUAAUUCACACACACCACACUUCCUUCAAGGUGCUCUCUCACUGACAAAUUAUCUUCACACCAGGCCUGUGAGGUAGUUUUAAGAUGAGAGAUAGUCACCCACAGUGAGUUUCAUGGCUCAGCAGGGAUUUGAACCCAGGCCUCAUUAGUCUACAUUGUACAUAACAUAUGGGAACUGCCAAGGAAAAUACCAUGUUGUGGUUUGCAGUAAGCCCUGAUCUGUUAUGAUCACUCUACUUUCAUUUCCCCUAGCUAUAACCUCCUUUGUUUUUUAUUCCCACAGGGAAAUAUCCAGGCUAUGGGGCCCAAGGAUUGCCAGCAGGGCUGGGUAAGUUUAGCUGUGAUGGUGGCCUUAAAUACAGAGGAAUAGAAAAUAAUAAUAAUAAUAAUAAUAAUAAUAAUAAUAAUAAUAAUUUCAAGCUGUCAAUUCAUAUGCCAAAAGCUGACUGGAACAAAAAUGUUCCCUCCUAAAGAGAUUAUUAGGGCUUGGCCUACGCUGGUGGCAGAAAGCGGUUGACAGAGAGAUGUUUCUGCUUUUGCAGGUGCUCAGAAUGGAUUUGGGGCUGCUGGACCAGGCUUCGGGAACAAACCAGGAAAGCCAGGUGAGCAGGACAUGGAAUGACAUCCAGGGAAGGAUGUCCUACAUCCAUCAGUGGGGCCACUGCUAAGCCAUGGACCAUAUGAAAUGUAGAAACAUGGUUGGUCUUUGCCCAAAUAUAAGGGUUAUUGUUGCAACCAAUACUAAACUAAGCGACUUUUCUCAGUUGUUUCCAGAACACAGGAAGCUGCCUUCCAUUCGUCAGACCGUUGCUUCCUCUAGCUCAGUUUUGUGUACACUGACCGGCAGUGGCCCUCCAGGAUUUCAGACAGAGUAUCUGCCAUCCCGUUGUGGUUUAACCCACAACGCGGGUGGUGCUGUGGGUUAAACCACAGAGCCUAGGACUUGCCGAUCAGAAGGUCAGCGGUUCGAAUCCCCAUGACGGGGUGAGCUCCCAUUGUUCAGUCCCUGCUCCUGCCAACCUAGCAGUUCGAAAGCAUGUCAAGUGCAAGUAGAUAAAUAGGUACCACUCCAGCAGGAAGGUAAAUGGUGUUUCCGUGUGAUGCUCUGCUUCGCCAGAAGCGGCUUAGUCAUGCUGGCCACAUGACCUGGAAACUGUACGCCGGCUACCUCGGCCAAUAAAGCGAGAUGAGCACCGCAACCCCAGAGUCGGUCACGACUGGACCUAACGGUCAGGGGUCCCUUUACCUUUACCUUAUCUGCCAUCCCUACCUGGAGAUGCCGGGUAUUGAAUCUGGAACCUGCAAAGCAGAUGCUGUACCAUUGAGCUAGAGUCCUUCUGCAAUCAUUGAUAUUGCCUGUCCAUCUGUUGAUGCUUUCUGCCUUUCUACAGGAUACAGAGUCCCAAAUGGAUAUGGAGCAGGUAGGAUGGCUUCUCUUUCCCACUUCACUGAAGCAUGUCUCCAUUUCUUCCUGCCUCCCAUGCACAUGAGAGGGGGAACAGGAUGAACUGGAAUUGAAUGGCAGAGCUGGGUGACGGACAGUGUAGAAAAGAGCAACCAUGUGAUCGAGGGGCUCUUCCGUACAAGGAAAUAAUAAUAAUAAUAAUAAUGUGUAUAUAUAUAUAUAUACGUAUAUAUAUGGCAUUUUCAGAGAGAGACUUAAUCACUUACCAGCAAAAUUCAAGUUUCGCAAUUUAAACUGAAUUUGUGCACUUGCACAACAAUUGCUCCAGGCUUUCAGUUUGCAAACAAUAAAAAAUAAAAGCAUGUGUAAAUGAGCGGGUACAUGGCAGAGAUUUGUAAAAUUAUGUCCUGUGCAGAGAAAUUAGAAAGGGAGGUUGGUGUUUUGUUUUAGCAAUCAUUACAUGUAUUUAUUUAUUUAUGGGUAUAUAACCCACAUUUUCAGGCAGAGUACAACAUAUAGGGAUAAAAAUCAACAAGAGGUCCAUAAAAAGACCGUUAAAAAUAACAAUAAAACAAUAAAUAUCAAUAAAUACUGGUUAAAUGAAAAAUUCAUGCUGUAAUGGCCUGUCUAAACAAACCUCUUGCAGGUUUAGGAUUGUGUGUGUCUCUUGCUCUGUUCAUGACAGUUUAGUGCCCUGCUCCCCCAGUCUCAUUCUGCUAGCAUGUCUUCUGAAAGGAGGGAAAGCUAUGGGGCUUGCAAACACCCACAGAUGCUGUUCAUGAAUCUGGCUCAAGUGCCAGCCCUGGUGGUCCCCAUUUCAAUUCCAGUGUACAGGGUAGGAAGGACAGAAGCAGCAUUCACAAUACACCUUGGUGUCUUCAGACUGAUGCCUUUCCUCUCCUUCUGGGGAGUCUCAGUGCCCAGAGCCAAGGACAUGUUGGUUCUCUGCCCAUAGCUGUCAACUUUCAGAUUUGAAAAUAAGGGAUCAGCAGCCUCGAAAAUAAGGGAUCAGCAGCCUCACCUGUCCCGGAGACAGUCUAUGGGAUAUUUAACAAUCCGGGAUAGCAGCGGGAAGCAGCGGGAAACAGCGCUGAAAUAAGGGAAUUUCCCGCAAAAAAAGGGAAGGUUGACAGCUACGGCUCUGCCCACCCUGGCAAGCCAAAGUGCACUGUAUCCAAAGCUGGUCAAGUUAUUUUGGCAUCAAAAAAUAAAAAUAAAAAAAUCUCACUCCCCCUCCCUUCUCCCUUUGCUUAACGUGUUGUCAGGUUCAGUGAUUUAAGGUAAGCUGAGAUCUGUUGAGCUGGGGUGUGUGAUUCCUUUGCCCAACUGCCUUAAUAUUUAUAUUUAUUUCUAUUUAACAGUGAUUUUUAUAAACUACCACUAAUUUCGGGUCAGAAAUUCAAUCACUUACUGGCAAAGUUCAAGUUGCACCAUCAAAGCUGAAUUUGCGCUCUUGCACAACAAACUCACUUUCCCCCAAGGUAGGACUUUUUGCACUAAGGAAAGUGCAGUGAAAAGUGUGGGAUGUUGCUUGACACAAAGUCUUCCAACCUUCCCACAGACAAAUCAGAAUGAAUGCUCCAUAAACAGGUCCUCUGCAAGUGACCUUAAGUUGUUGUUUUUAGUGCCACUCAGAUUUAAAAUGGAAAUUUGAAUAAGCAAAUGUAAAUUCCACUUAAAAGAGGGGAACUAGACAGGAUGUUUCUAUUCCAUCGUCGUUCAUGAUGCAUCUUUGCCUUCCAGGUUAUAGAGGACUUGGUUACCCUCGUGUUGGCCUCCCCUUGGGAAGUAAGUCAGAUACCUUUACUUCUUCCUUCUGUCUCAUUACCUAUUCAACAGGUACCUCACUUACGUGCUUCGCUGUUCCUUUACUCUCUUAACAUUCCAUUGGCUAAACACGUCUUGCUCGAAUAACCCUCCAUUUAAAAAAAUGCUUGCCAAGACUUUACAAACUUGGAAGACCGCUAAGUGACCCAGCUGCACUUCUUGGCAAAAACACCAACCCUUCUGCUUAUUUUACCCUUUUGAGAACUGUUGGCCAUCCUCCUUCAUUUUCAGACCCUGGAGCUGAAGUACUGGACAUUGGAUGCUGUGUAUUUUUUCUGUGGCUUCAUCUGAGGGUGCUUUCCCACCCACUAAUCAUGAGAUUGUUGCCUUUUGUUUUGUCCACGUGUGUUAAUGUUUUGACCCUCCAGUGUUUGGUGCAAUUUGGCCUAAUGGCAACCGCAAGACUGCACACACUCCAGUUAUCUGUUUUGCUAGGGAUCAUUUCUAUUCUGUGUUCCAUGUCUGCAGAAAACCACUGUCUGGUUGUUGCUGUUUUGCCUUACAAGGGUGCAUUGUUAAAAUGUUGGUGGUGCAAGAUGCUCAGAUACAUAAUUUUCCAGGGUUCAGCCUUUUCCUCCAGAAGUUACCUGGGGGAAAGCUGUUAUGGUAAUCUUGGAUAUAAUAUGGACAGUUCUUGACUCCAAACACACACCUGGCACCCUGAUCACUCCAUGAGGGUGCUUGGAUUGAGCAGAAGGGUCUGGAUAUGCAUCUUCUGGCUUGGAAGUGACAAAACACUUGAAAGUACGGAAGGGAGGUUGUACCCCACAGGGUUGGUUUUCAAACAUAGGGCUGCUGAUACGAUCCAAAAGAUUAAUUCACCAAUUUCAGUAAGCAUGGGGUUCAGUGAGAGAGAAUAAUUUUGCAGAGAUCUGGUUUCCUUUUUCUUUUUUUGCAUAUGUGAAUAGGGGGUUGGUGGGGGUCAAGAUUCUUGGGACUUUUUGGAGAGACAUGAUCUGACAUAAGUGUGAAGAUGUGUAUCUUACUGUAUUAUGAGGUAUGCAGUUUAGGGCAAGAACCAUGGUACUCGGAUUAGUGUUUAUUGUUGUUCUGUGAUGAAAAUUUACAACUUUUUUUUAAGGUCUCUAGAAGUUACACAUCUGAGUGUGGUAGCAGAGCUACUUGUCUCUAGUACCCAUGCAGAUGAAUGCCAGAAGGGAAAUUCAUCAUCUUGAGCAAUAUCUGCUUUCCUUGAAACACAAGUGGAUGCUGGCUGUAGCAGGGUCCUGUGAAACCUUCAGAAGCUAGAGAACCUUCAGAAGCUCAGAUGAAUUUUCAGUGGCCACAAAGUGGGUCCUGACUGAGCACUCUGCAUAGCUCUUUACCCCUUUCUAUCACUGCCAGAAGCAGAGAGGUAGACAAAAUAAGUGCACUUAAUUUGCAACAUUUAUGCAGAUCACAUAAAUUUAAUUUAUGUAAUUUUUUUUAAAGUAUGAAGUACACAAGCCUGCUCUUAUUCUUUGUACCUAGUGUUCUGGUCUGACCCAGUCUCUUUCUCCUCACUCAGCAGGCCUUGGAGCCAGAGGCAAGCCUUCCAAAUCAGGUAGCAGUACUUUCACCAACAAAUGUUCCACCGGGAAAUACUCCUCCCAUCAUUCCCCAACAUUAGGGCUGUGUGUCUGCUGCAUGUGUACAGAAUUCAUAAUUCCAACAAUCCAAAAGUUCUUCUCCAGGUUGCAAUUUAUAUCAAGCCACUCUCCUUCUCUGGCAACUUGAUUUUGGGGACACCAAGAUCCUGGUUGUUACAGAUCCUGAGAAAUGGGGUUUUCCAGGUCACCUGAGUCCUUAGUAUGGAUGGCAGGCACCUUGGAAACAGCAGGGCUCCUUGUUCCUCAGAUGCUGUUGCAAGCAUGCUCAGCAGUCCCCAAAAGCCCUUCCUACUGCCAUCACUGCCACUAGAUAAAGGGAAGGGAGCAGCAGGGCAAGGUAAAGUAUUCUGUAGAGUGUUGGUUGGGGGAGGCAUUUAGAAGGCCAAUUGAGCUUCUAAUGGUGUAAUCAGGAGUUCAGUGUGGCCAGGAUUUCAAAGUUAGACUAGCGGGGGAAAUAACCUAUGUACAAGAGUGGCGCUGUGGGUUAAACCAUAGAGCCUAGGGCUUGCCGAUCAGAAGGUCGGCGGUUCGAAUCCCCGCGGUGGGGUGAGGUCCUGUUGCUCGGUCCCUGCUCCUGCCAACCUAGCAGUUCGAAAGCACGUCAAAGUGCAAGUAGAUAAAUAGGUACUGCUCUGGCGGGAAGGUAAAUGGCGUUUCCGUGCGCUGCUCUGGUUUGCCAGAAGCUGCUUAGUCAUGCUGGCCACAUGACCUGGAAGCUGUACGCCAGCUCCCUCGGCCAAUAAAGCGAGAUGAGCACCGCAACCCCAGAGUCGUCCGCUACUGGACCUAACGGUCAGGGGUCCCUUUACCCUUUACCCUUUACCUUUACCGAUGUUUUAGCUUGGUUUGCCAAUCUCAGUUCUGAACUGAGGCAAGAAGAGUACCACUAGCCACAACCUUCAGAUAAACCCAGUGGUGGCUUGUCCACUAGGGGAAAUGGGGCACUGCCCCAGUAACCCCAGCCUGUUGUCAGCCAGCCUUCACCUGCCUGCCUUCCUAUUUACAACCUACCCAGGAGGUGACACUGCCUGUCAGCCUCCUCCUCCCUCUCAGUCUUGCCUUAAUAGAUCUCAGGAGGGGGAGGGUGGUAAAGCUAGAAUUAGUUGGCUCUGCCUGUCACUGGCUCUGGCGCCACCUACUGCUGGGCUCCCUGCCUUCUGUGCUACCACACCCAACAGGCACCAGCCCCAACUGGGUGAACCCUAGAUAUCUGUGAAAAGAUAAUUUCUUUCUUUCUCUCUUAGCAGGUUAUGGGGCAGGGCCCAGUACUGGUGGCUACCCAACAGGAGCACAGCAAGGUGAGCUGGGAAAGUUUGAUGGGGCCCCAAAACAAACAAACAAACAAACAAACAAACAAACAAACAAACAAAAGAGAGUGGGAUUUGCUGUUAACUUUCCUAAGGAUUAAUUUCACCAGAGAGGGGUAUUGGGGCCCAACCCUGUUUAGUAACUAUGUCAUCUGAGCUAGAGCCUCUGUAUUCUGUUUCUAGGGCUGGGACACCUCAUUUGUAGGGAGAAAGCACUCUGGCCAUGCUGAGAUACAAGCUCUUUCUUCUUUUGACCCCCCCCCCCCCGCCAUGAAACCUGUCAUCAUAAACCGAUUUUGCCUUGUGCAGACCAGGGAGGAAGGGCAGGGGAGGAAAAAAGGAGUGAUCACUUCCAUCCACGACUGAUUUUUCUUUUCUGCAUGCUUUGUACAUCAGCCUAUAUUGGUGGAAUUGGAGCCGGAGGCUACCCAAGCAAUGGAAUCCCUAAUGGAUAUGGCAAAGGUGAGAGAGACACGCUCUGAUAUUCUGCAGUAAAUUGGUACAGGGGGAGUCAAAUGGAGCUAGUGGCAGAGUUGCUUUUGGCCAUAGACUGCUGUGACACAAGCAUGUUUAUCCUCUGCCCCAGAAACAAGCAUGUGAAAGGUCUGUUCAAGAGACUUCAGGCAGCAGGCCAGUCAGACUAGAAAGUACUGGGCUAGGAGGAUCAAUGGCGUGACUAAGUAUUAGGCAGCUCCUUAUCCUGGCAUUACUUUGCAGAACAUGCCCUUUUAUUUUGUGUGCGUGUGUCUAUGCUGCUAUCCCUUGUUUGGGACACUUAUCUGCAAAACUAAUACAUGCUUCUCAGAAAACUCACCCAAAUCUUUGUGGCAGAUCUGUUGCAUGCAAAGUCUUGUCCACCUUCGUUAUCUAUCAUGGUUAGGACUGCUAUACAUCAGGAAUUUCCUGGUCAUAGCUAGAAUACUGCAGUCAAAAACAAUGUCCAUAUGGGAAUUGCUGGAAUGUCCGGGGAAAUCUGGACAUAUGGCGCAACCCAUGUUGGAAGUCAAUAUUUUUAUUUUUAUUUUUUGAGAUUUUGAAAGAAAGAAAAAAAAGCAUUGUAUCCAGAUUUUCACUUUUUGAAAUAUGGCAAGCCUAAUCAUGGUACCAACUCAAAGGCACUAGCAGCUGAGCAAAAUAAUGCGGAAAUAAUACUUUUCAGCCAGUGCAUACUUGCACAAAACAGCAGUGAAAAUAUACGCCCAGAAGGUGGAGCAGUUGGCCAACAUAUUGAAAAGUCUAUGUGAACAGACAUAUUGCUGCCCAUCCAUCCAUUUAUUCUACAGGGAGUGCUCUAGAGCAGGGGGCUCUCACUUUUAGCCCCUCUGGGCCCAUCAGUCACAAAAUGGUGGCGCAGGGGGCAGAGCCAGUCACAAAAUGAUGGCAAAUGGAGGCAGAGUUUGGCACCAUCAGCUGGCAAUUACUAACGUGGUUUUCUACUGAUAGCUAAUCCAUCCUUGGGAAUUGCUGAAUUCUUUGCCGCAGCAUUUUCCUUGGGACAAGAAAUCCCAUAGCUCAGCUGUCCUAAAGCAAAGUACAGACAUUUGCUCUGGAGGUAUUUCCCCCCCCCCCUUUUAGGCAGAAUGUGCUGAUCCAGAGACUCUUAAGUGGAAAAGACUUUUUCUGUUUUUUCCUUUCCCAUCACUGCAUGCCUCUCAAAGUAUUUUUACCCAUUUCCUGCAGUUUUUCUCCCAUUCUACUUUCAGACUCAACUUGUACCUUAUUCCCCCACCCUGAGCAAAAAAACCUGUGUUUCUUUCAUCCGUCCUUUCUGGUCCUUUUACUCCUUCCUCCCAUAGCAGCUUAACUCUCAUAUCUCCUUCCUUUGUACCCCUAGUUUAUUAAUAUUCAUAAUUAUUAUUUAAUUACAGUGGUACCUCUGGUUGCGAACAGGAUCCAUUCCGGAGGCCCGUUCGCAACAUGAAAAACCCGCAACCUGAAGUGCCGUAUCUGCGCAGAUGCGCGGCGCAAUUUGGUGCUUGUGCACAUGCGUGAAGCACGAUUUAGCAGUUCUGCGCAUGCGCGAUUGGCGAAACCCGGAAAUAACCCUUUCUAGUAUUUUUGGGUCGCCGCGGGACGCAACCUGAAAAAACGUAUCAUGAAGCAAACGUAACAUGAGAUAUGACUUUAUGUUGAAACAUUUCUUAACCUUUUAUCGGACUUUCUAAAUUUCCUUGAACAUCUCUCUUUCCCCUCAGAGAAAAGAGACCUCCCUUCUUCCCAAAACCACUUCUCUGUCUCCCACUCACCUUUAUGCAGCAUGAUGCAACUUAAUCCAACCAAAAGACUAUUGCAUGGGGCAGAUAACUGAGGAGGGGGCUGUGGGCUGGCUGUGGCACUGAGGCUCAUCUGAAAGUGGCCUAAGGCCCACUGUGGGGUUCCAGACCACUGUUUAUGUAACACUGCUCUCGAGUACAUAUUCAGCCUGAAUGGAAUCAGUGUCUGUUUGGUUUGGGAAAUCGUAAAGAUGUGGUUUUUCUUUCUCAGGCUAUGGUGCUGGAGGAAAUGGAUAUCCUGGUGUUGGAUAUGGGAAUGGGAAUGGUUAGUAUUUACUCCUCACAUUUUAUUCUCCAAGGAGCUUGGAGUGGCAUUUUAGCACAACAACCCUAUGACACACAGAGCCAUCUUUCCUAUUGGGCUUACGGGCACGUUGCGCCAGGGCGCUGGCCUCUCAGGGGCGCCCCAGCGAGUGGUGGAGUUGCACGGCUUUGCCGACAGCCUCCCUUUUCCCUGCAUGCCCGCCAGCUGUGCCCGUCAACCAUAUGGCUGGCGGGCAUGCAGCUUCCUUCCCAAGCCUCCGCGGGAGGAGAGCGAUCCCCGCAGACGCUUGGGAAAAGGUCGACAACUCUGGGAAACGGGCGCGCCGGAGGGAUCUUUGAACCACGGCGCCAGAUAUGCUUAAGACAGCCCUGAUGACACAUUUUAGACUGCAGAGUGGGUGGCUUGCUCAAGGCUGUCCUGUGAGUAUCAUGGCUAAGUCAGCAUUUGAACUCAGGUCUCUCAAGUCAAAGUGCCACACUGGCCACUAUGCUAUAUUGGCAAUGAUGGGGGAAUAAAUUUAGGGCUAAGAUUGGGUAAGUGGAGGGGAAGAUAUGACAUUUCAUCAGUAGAGGCGGCGGGGGGGUAGUGGAUAAGAAAGAGACAGGCUACAGGACUUAUCCAUUGGCUCGCCUUGACUCAGCUCCAGAACUUUCUUUCAGUGUCCUGAGAUUCAGCUGCAGAAUAUGUGAAUUAAUGCUAAGAAAGGGCCUUUGCCUUCCACUAAGGGCCAAGCUAGAUGUGUUUGGGGCACAGUCCAUUCCACAUGGCACAAGUCACAGGAAGUUCAGACAAACAUUUUGAGGCUCUGUUUGCCCUGCUGCUUUCCCCUGAGAAAACCUGUGGCUUAGCGCUGUAUUAGAACAAAGGGCAAUCAGGUUUUCUGUGGAUUGCUGUUGAAUCUAAUUUAGUGUUAAAAGAGUGGAUUUUCCAGGGGGAAGUGGCAGGGCAAAGGCAAAACUGUUCCAACCCAUGCCAAGAAAGCAUGGGACAAGCAGAAGUGUGGACGAGCCCCCUGUGUGGGAAACGGCACACAUGCCAAUGGGAAGAUCCUUUUAAAGAGGAUAGGUCACAUCUUGCUCCCAGAAUUGAUCCCUGGACUACCACAACAAAAGAAAUGAUAGUAGGGGAUGAGAAUGAUUGCACAAGACAAGCGGCUGCCAGUCAAGAGUACAUUGUUCUGGGCUAGAUUGACAAAUAGCCUGACACCAGUGUUGAGCACCUUCCUAUAUCCAUGAGCAGAUCCCCCUGCCUGUGUAGAACUGGCUAAGAGUGCAACAGUUGGGCUGCGUAGGUUUCCCUGCUUUGCAAGGCAAACAAGAGCAUCAGUGGAAGGGGCAAUUGAAAAAUGACAUGGGAGUAAAAAAGCUAAGCUUGCCUUCUGCCUUGACUGCAUUUGAUCAGCUCCUACCGCUCAUCACAGGUCUCUUCCAUUUCAUCGAGUAACUGCAGCUCCCAUUAGGGAGAAGAAAAAGAAGAUGAGGAAGGGUUGAUCCCCUGAUACACUGCUUCAGAAAUGAACCAUUCUAGGUUUUGAGACAAGCAGGCAGGGAGGAGCUGUAUACUGAGCCUUUGGGUGUCUUUGCAGGUGCCCGGGCUCCCUAUGGCAGUCAAUUAGGAGGCCCUGCUGGAGAUCCUGCUGCUGCUAAAUAUGGAGGUAAGUCUUUAUUGCGCUCCCUAAGGGAAAAGAGACUUCCUUCCUUCCUACAUAAGGCAACUGACAAACAGCCUGGCAAAGUUUUCUGCAGCUUGAAGGGGAGCAGAGUUGACUUGCAAAGCAUUUUAGCGUCAACUGGCCCUGAGGGGGUGAAACAUGCCUUAAUUGCUGCACAAAUGACUUAGGAAACAUAGGGAGGAUGAAAAUGGCCUGGGUGUGACUGUGUUGAAUGCUUAUUGUUUUACCUGUUUAACUGUCACGGCUUCUCCCAGAGAAUGCAGGGAAUUUUUGUUCGGCAAAGGUGCUGACAUUUCCUAAAAAAAGCUAGUUUUCUGGAGGGGAAACGGAAUGACCCUGAAACCAUUUGGUGCAGGUGUGUCCUCCUGUGUCAGCAUGGGAGAAUUUCUGUAGAAUUGUUCUCAGGUGUGGGAAAGAGGGGUGCCAAAGGGGCAAUCAAGGGAUCCUCUCUGUGACCUUCUCUUGCCCUUCCUUGGGCUCCUAUGAUCUGCGUUACAGGGACAGGGCAACUCCCAUACAGUGGGCAGCCAGAGGCUGCUGGCCUGGGAGGAGACUAUGGUGCUGGAAGAUAUGGUAAGUUAAGACAGCAGGGGUAGGUGUGCCUCAGACUGGUACUCUGUAUGACUGCAGGAAAAGCACAAUUUUGAAUCAAGUGCUGAUUAUUUCAGGUACAACUAAAACACAUACACAAUCUGGGGUCCCAAAUGUAGUGCUUUUGGGGUUCUCAUGCACCGACUGGUAUUCUCAGAAGGCUCUCCCAAUUUAUUAUAAAUAAAACCAGGAAUUUUUGAGGGCCUUUGGUAGAGGGUUGCCUUUUUUUAGGGGGUCAGACCUGCAAAAUGGGUAUUCUUUUAUUUCCACAAUGAAUUCUUAGAUUUGUUUAGGGUUUUGAGGCCCUGGGCCCAAGAUUGGAGACCCCCUCAAUCAGUGAAGAUAGGCUUGUAGGCAGAGCAGCUGUGGUAUUAAUAUAUAUGCUAUGCAGAUGAAGCAGAUCUGCAUGUGUGUCCUGUUUUGCAUAAAUGGUUCUGCCCUGGGUCCCCAAAGUGAAGAGUAAGUAGCUGUGAAAUAUACUUUACUCUUCUUUGCAUAGACUCAGGGCAGAACCAUUUAUGCAAAGCAGAACACACAUGCAAACCUGCUUCAUUUGCGUAACAUCUGUGUCAGGGGUCGGCAACCUAAGGCCCAUGGGCCACAAGCGGCCCUUGGGGGUCGUAUAACUGGCCCAUGCACCCCCACCGCCUGCUCGGGGACCCCCACCACCUGCUUGGUCGGCUCCUGCAGCCAAUGGGAAGCUGCACACGCCUCCUCCCUGUCAGGAGCGCUGGAAAUAGCGCUUGCGCAUGCAUGCAUGCACACUCCGGCCAACCGCAGCAUCUGCGGGACUGUGAACCGGCCUAAGCCACAAAAACUUUGCUGCUCCCUGAUCUAUGUAAAUAGUAGGGAUAGGGAACCUGCAACCCAAGACUCCCAUCAACCCUGACUGUUGGCUCUCCUGGUUGAGGCUGAUGGGCCCUGGAGUCCAGCAACAACUGGAAGGACACGAGUUCCCCAUCCCCGAUAUAUAGGCUGCAGAAUUCUACUUUUGAUGGCAGAGUUGGGGCUUUCUUUUUCUGCAGACUUUUAACUCUUUAGUACACACAGUUCUAGCUGCUACUUGUUGGGCUUAGCUUAUAAAUUCUUAUUGUACAUUGUCGUACAUCUUGGCAAGUAGUGUGCUUUCUCCAGGACUGGGGUGUGAUAGUGGAGGGAUUUGUUUUUGGUGGGUUGAGCAAUCAUAUCCCCUUGCCCUCCCAACUUUUCUUCUUCUCAUGCCUUCCAGGAGCUCCUCAGAGCCCCUAUGGAGCACAACCUGGUGGCUCUGAUGGCAUUGUAGACCCAGCUGCAGCCAAAUACGGUAGGUGAAAGAGAGUCCACCUAAGUCACAGAACCAGAGUAGAACUUCAAGCACAUCCAUCUGCUGAAAAGCAGUAUGGAUUGGGGAACUGAGUACACCAAACUGGUAAUACUGAGGUCUAGUUACAUGGCCAGUUUUGGCUCUGGUGAUAGCAGUUAGUCCCAAAGAACUAGGCACACCAAAGAGAUAGAAUGUUAUCUGUUAACAGACAAAGUUAGGUUUAGUUUGCUGCGGAUACAUUAGGGUGGCCGGAUGCAAAAAAAGGACGGCUCCUACGCUUUUAAUAGUUUCAUGACAAGCUACACCCGCUGAUCUUACCUAUUCUACACAAAUAUUAAAGGUGCAAAAGCCCAGCUGUUUUGCAUCUGGCACCCUGAGAUACAAGUUUUAGAAUUUAACACAGCUAUUCACUGGUAGCAAACAAAACUUUCAGAUGCAUUUGAGGCAUGCAGUUAGCAACUGUAAAUAUUUACAUUGCUCAUUUAAUGCCACCCGUGUACAAAAUAUGAUACAUUCUAGAUUAGGAGAUUCAACUGUUUUCCUUUAGAGUUGAUGUUUGUAGAAUAUAUCAACUUGAAGAAGGCUGGGGCUCCUGGAUCUUCCUAAUCCUAAAAGCCUGAGCUCAUGGACUAAUUGGUUUGGGGUGGUCUUUUGUUGUUCUGCUCUUUCCCUCUUUCUCACUCUCUGCUUCCUCUGCAGGCAAUGGGAAUGGAAUAGGAUAUAUGAAUGGACGAGACUCCCAAGCUAAUGGGCUGGGGGCAGGUAAGGCUGAAGGUGCAAGAUAAUAAUAAAAAGCACAGCUCUCAAUUGGGUGCAGCAGGAGACAAACUACUCCUUCAUGGAAAAUGGGGUAGGAAGUUGACAAAAAAAGAGAUUGCGUAUUGGAUUGUAUGCUAAAAAUGUUGAAACUUAAUAAAAUGCAAAAAAUAUAUAUUAAAAGGGCACUGCUCCCCUCCCCACCAUUGCUCUUUAGGAUAGAUUUGCCUGGGAUUGGUGUAAUUGGGGAUGCCUUUUGCAACCAGUUGCUCUGCUGCUUCACUUGGCUCUUGUUCUGUCUAGCAGGUGCAUAUGGUCCCUAUUCAGCAGGACAAACUCCAGGAGGGUAUGGCAGUCCAUUGGGCGCUGGACAAGCACUGGGAGGAUAUGGUAAGUGGUUCUAAAGUUGUGUUCUCUUGUAGCAGUGAGAAAGAGAUUGGAUUUCCCUGCCCAAGAGGUAUACAGCUUCUCAACCUUUUUCUGACCAUGCCCCACCCCUGUCCUAUCAGUAGACAGGUAGCUAUUUAAAUGUUUUAUUUGUAAAUAGAACAUGUUUUAUUUAUAAUACAAAAUAUUACAUUAAAAAAUAUACUUUAAGUAUUUCUCGAUCAAUGUGAUUCUUGUGUUUGAUGACCAGAAACAAACUUUUUAAUAUUCAGUUCUAUUGCUGUGAGAGAUAACCAAGAUCAACUCUGUCUGUUAUGUUAAGGCAAUUCUGUGCUAGGCUGAGUAAAUAAUUCACAGGUGAUCUUGAAGUGCAUUUGAUUUAAUGUAAUUUUCUGCUUUUAUUAAAAUUUGUAGACUCAUGCAAGCACCCUGCUAGUGAUCUUGAAACCAAGUAUUGUCGGUGAACUAUGUAGUGAAUAUAGAAUACUUCUGCUACACCUUUAAAAUAUGCAAUAAAUCCUCUGUAUCUACGUGUCAUAGAAGCAGCACCAUCAGUAGCACGGUCCAGAAUGUUCUCAAGAGGGAUAUCUUUCUCACUGAUGUACCUCUUUACUUCUUCAAAAAUUGUUUCACCUUUUGUUUUAAGCUUUCAAGCAAACAGCAUUUCUUCUUUCAAUUUGUCAUCAUGCAAAUCUCUUAACAGAAGCCAUCAGGAUGGCUUUGUUAUCUGGAAUACACAAUUCAUCAGUUUGGAAAGCAAACUUAUGAACUUUUAACUGCGAGGCUAGUUGGUUUUCAAUAUUUAUUGCCAUUCCAUCAAUACACCUUGACACUGAUUUAUUGUUCAAAAGGAUGGAUUUGAUAAUUUCACAAGCAUUUUGGUUCAUAACGGUUGAUAUAACAGACACUGCUGGCAAAAUCAAGGAUUCCCCUUUCCUUGGCUAUCAGUUUGGAUAUCUCAUAAGAUGUGAUUAAACCGUUAUCAUUUAAAACUGAUUUCUGAACAAACAUUUUCUUCAAUGUAGGUCUAGUUUCAAAUUUAUCUUGCAACGCUCGAAAAUAUUCCAGUGGUUUAUCCUUCUUGUCAUUAUGUUUUCAAAUGCUUCUGCAACUUACAUGGAUGCACUCUCAUUGGAAAGUGUAGUCAUACAUAUCAAACAAGUGGGGCAGAUUGAUGCAGAAAAAUUCGAUCUCAUAUUUUAUGUAACAAAAUUGAGUCAAAUAAUCAUAAAAAAUGCUUUAUGCAUGGCAUAACUAAUCAAUAUUAUAAGAGCAAUCAAAAGAACCAUUAAAGUUAGAAGACAAUGAGAAUAUAAUGACCUUAGUAAAAAAUGGGUUUUGUAUCAUUCUGCCCCAUCUAUGGGGCACUUAGAUACAUUGGAUGGGGCACUUUGAAACAAAGCGUAAAUUGUAUGAGAAUGGUAUUUAUUUACAAAAAUUUAAUGGAAAAAAAUUAAUUGUGAGAGAUGAUGUUCGAUAUGUGCCCUUUGAGAAAUUUGGUUUUGGCAACUGCAAAACAACAUCCUUGAAAUCAACACUUGUCUUAUCUUCUACAAUGGGGAAGACAAACAUACAAGAUCCUGGCUUUUUCCUGAGAUAUGACACUUGAUAAUCGGUCAUAUUAUAUUUGGAAAUGACUUUGGCCACAUAGUAAACAAGUUUUUUUCUUUUCAAAUUUAAUGAGUAGGAAAUCUCCAACAUUUAUAUUUUCAGGAUUGGGAACAUCAAAAUUUAUAUCCUCAUCUUCUGAAUUAGAUGCAACUUCAAAAUCUUCAUCAUCAUCAUCACCACCACCACUCAAUUCCACAGAUUCAUUCCAACUUGUAUUGGAGUCAGAUUCUGAACAUCUUUUCUUCUUAGUUUUUUUAGUUUCCAUUAAACACAAUCAUUUUUUUGCCAUUUUCAACUUUUUCUUUCUGCUUCAUUUUAACUUGCUGUUUUCUUUUCUUCUCUUCAUGCAAUCUCUGUAAUCUAUCUUUUUUGGGCAUAUCAGUGAAGAGUCUCGAUUUCCUUUCUCUCUUCCGCUAUUCAAGGAAGAAGUAUUUUUACCAAUGACUUUUUUUUUAUAUGGUCUAACUACUUCAGGGGACAAUAUUGGCGUAGAGCCUGGUGGAACAACCUUAGGAGAUAAUGUUACAUCCUCUUCCAAUCGGUUGGCUUCAACAACUGGUAUUUUGUCUUCUUCACAGUUUUCGAGAACCUCAUCAUUUUGGCUAAUAUCAAUGUCCACAAAACCUAGCUCUUGUGUAUUUUCUUCAUUUGUCACAUCCGUAACAUCGGCAAUAUCUUGAGAACUCGAAUCUAACAUUUGCAUUCGUGCAAAAUCAUCAGGCGUAAAUUUGUUGUGCAUUGUUACACGCUCAUAAUUGUCAAAAAAAUCAGUGACUGCGGUUUUAUUAAACACAAAACUUUGUGCUGCACUCAUAUUUUCUAGCUUUCUGGGGCUUCGAUCCCGAUUCCUCUUUCUAAAUCCUGUUGCCCAAUCUUUCCCAGCACAUCUAUUUUUUUUCCAGGAUUCUGGAUAUCUACACCCCAAAUAUUCUGCAUAUUCAUAAGCCAAAACCAAGACUUGCUGCAAAGACAGCCCGUAGUGCAUUUUACUACAGUUCAAUAAAUAUUCAGUAAAUGCUUUCUCUUGUUCAGUUGAGAAAACCUGUGCAACAGUGUACUUGGACCCAUAUAUAUUAGAAGAUGACGCUUCAUUUUCUUCAGAAGUUUUUCGAAACUUUUCAAUGCGAUGUUGCAAAGUUGCAGCUUUGAUCCUGUAUUUGUCAGCUGCCCUCCGUAUAGACAAUCUCUUUGAUAUAACUUCAGAUAUAGCAGUCUUUACGUUCUCCUCAUCGAUACUUCCUCUAUCAGUCUUAGGUUUAUAAGUUCGCACCAUUUUCUGGAAAACAGAAUAACUAGUUUAGUGAUUUCAUGCAGACUUGUAUAUUGGGGCACUAUUGUACACUGCAGGGCACUUUUAUACAUAUCAAUGUGCCCCGUUUCUUAGUGUAUCAAAGUACCCCACAGACAUUUUCAGAAAAUAAUUAUUAGUAAAACCACUGAAUCUAUUUUAAAAUCACGUGUAAUCCUGAUUACCUUUGGUAUUUUAAAAUCUUAACUAAAUGAUGUAAAACAGUGUCAGAACACUUACAUUUCACGUAAUUUUUUAGCUGGCCACGCUAAAAGCACAGCUACUCUCGUCAAACGCCAAUGGCUAACUAGCGGACGGCAUGGUUGCAGCUGUUGUACUCACACAUGUAUAGACACAUUUUAGUGAUGUCACGAUACAAAUAACAUUUCUUGAAAUUGAAAUAUUGUUGGUGCAUCAAUGUGCCCCGCCUCCCCCUAGGCCAGGCCUCCUCAACCUCGGCCUUCCACAUGUUUUUGGCUUACAACUCCCAUGAGUCCUAGCUAGAAGGACUAGUGGCCAGGGAUGAUGCGAAUUGUAGUCUCAAAACAUCUGGAGGGCUGAGGUUGAGGAAGCCUGCCCUAGGUAUUGUGUAAUCUUAUGGUGACAGAAAUCAUAGCCAAGAUACUCAACUGAGUAUUGUAGGUUUCCUCUUUUUUUGUGGAGGUAGCUAUGGGGUAUCAUAAAAGUAAAAAACUGAAACUUGAUACAUAUGCCAAAUAACUUUACGUAUGUUUGCAACUAAAAAUAAUAUCACUUCUCAGAAAUAAAACAGCAUUAGAACAUCUGAACAAAGACAAAUGCAAAGUUAUUCCGAUCUUGACAGAUCUCUACGAGGAGAAGCAACUGAACACAGCAACCACAAAAGGAAUGGCAAACAUAAUGCCUGCAGUCCUAGGGCUGCAAUUCUUAACACUUACUGGGAAGUAAUUCAUUGAACACAGGACUUGCUUCUGAGAAAGCAUGCAUAGGCAUGCACUGCAUACUGUAGUCUGUGCAAUGCCUUUUCACACUUUAUGUUUUGAUAAUUGGAUGUUUGAGCACUGUGAUUUGUACAAAAAGAGGCUACAAAUGGUCUUGAAUGAAUUUCUUGCUUUGGAAUAAAUGGAAAAGCGUUCUGUACACCAAAUAAGAGUAAGGAAAAAACCAGUCACUUUUUCUGUUUUGCUCUAGGAGGAAAAGAAUCUAAGUAUGGAAUGAAUGGUUUUCUGGGAAAUGGGUACAGAGGUAAGAAAGAUGGGGUCCCUAUCUUUCAUAAUUGCUGCUGUUUGCUAUCCUUACUACUCAGUCUGUUGUACAAAUCAGAGCUUCCAUAGUUUGGUUCCUAUCUGAUCAGUUUCUAUCCCCACCACAUGCCUUUCUGCAACCUGUUUCUGGAAGUGCAAGGAUGAAAUAUGGAACAAUGCCUGCCUCUUUUUCUACAUUUUCCCCCCUUCUGUUUUCUCAGGUCGCUGCUCUUCUGGAAAAUGCUGAGGAAUGAUGUUACUGUGUGGAACUUUCUCUGCAGCAGGAUUCAGGCAUCCCGGCAACUUUUGGUGCUAAGUGUGAUGAUCAACGACAACCAAGUUUUCCAGUAUAAAUGAUCCUAUAUUUCUUUUUCCUGUUUUUAUUUUAUCAUUAGAAACCUUUCAUUGUAAAAGAGAAGAUUUUACCAUGUUGGCUUCUAAAGCAUUAUUGAACACAUUUUCUAAGGGCUGUUAGCAUGUCAAGAUCAGUGUUACAGAGAUGGACACAUGAAGUUGGAAACCCCUUUCCUUCCAAAGAGAUUUGACUUAUCAAUUCCACUUCUUUGGAAGUAGCCUAGAGUUGAUUCCCAUCUUAGUGUGUAUCUGGGUGCCCAGGCACAAGUGUCUUUUCAAUUAAAAAUAAGUAAAUCCACAA